ACAGCGAUCCUCUUGUCCCCGACCUUUUCUGUGAUGUCUGUCACCUCUCUGCCAGAAUGGAAACAACUCCUGCUGGAGAGAAAAAAGAGGGAGGAGGAGGAUCGCGAAAGGAGGGAGAAAGAGGAGGAGGAAAAGUAUGCCAGCAUGCCCGCCUGGAAGCGAGGCAUCAUCCAGAGGAGAAAGGCGAGGUUGGACAGUUUGGGUGACAGGGAAAAGGAGAGGGACGUCUGUCUGCUGCAGGUGGAUGUCAGAUCUGCUUCUGAUGGUCUGAGUGACACCGACAGCUUUGGGACGGUCAAUUUGGAAAGCGAACUUUCCUUUAGUCCAGACCCGGGGUUAUGGCAAGAUGGAGACAUCAAACCAGCCAGUCAGGUGUUUGAAGAAACUAUAGUUCCAGUUCAUGAAAACCCAUUUUUCCGCACACAAAGUGCACGGAGGAAGGGCCAGGAUGCAGACGGAGUGGAUGAGACAGAAGCCAAGGAGACGGAAAAAGAGAAAUCAAGCCCAAGCAGUCAAGAUGGGGGAUUGGGAAGAGAUGUAGAGAUGAAAAUAGAGAGAGUCCGAGAUGUGAGUGAAGGACGGGAACAAGAGCGGAGCAGAGACAGGAGUCAAGGAAGAGAAAGAGAGAACAGCAACCCAUUCAAAGAGUCAGUAAAAGAUGACAACAGGGAGUGGGAAUUCCUCAAAGUCAGAAAGGACGGGGAGGAAAAGGAAACGGAUCCACAAUCGUGUUUUCGGACCUUCCGAGCCGACAACAUCAUCAUCAUCGAGCAGGACAGGAUAGGCAGGGAUGAGAGAAGGGGUAGAUGGAGGGAGGCGGAGAGAGAGAGGCCUGAGCAGGACCAACAGGGGCAGAGAGGCAUGAAGAUGGACCUGAGGGAGAUCCUGGCCGGAGGAGGGAGCAUAACAGAGAUCCGAGCCUCUGAGGUUCUGAUUAUAAAGCCUUCAUCAAGCUCUGAAGAGAGGAGUCCAGAAGGAGGAGGGAGAGGGAGAGGGUCAGGUAGAGAGGAUGGAGAGGUCAAAUGCAGCAUGGGUGAAAGGAGGAGGAGCUUUUGCAGGGAGAUCAAAACAGACAUGUCUUGGCUGAGAGAAAAAGACAAGGACAGACCAUGGGGCCAGGCGACAGUUAUACAAGACGACAUGGAGGAAAGCUUGGACGACAACGUGUUUGUUGAAAGAGGAGGGAGGGUCAGUCAGCUGCUGAGUAAAUUUGGACAGCACCCCAAGCCACCGUCUCGAUCAAAAAGCUCUGAUAAUUUACUCCGGCCCGGGAGAAGAAAAUACUCUGGAGAUGAAGAUGACCAGCAGUCUGAGUCAGAUGGGAGAAAGUUGAUGUUGAAAGGUGUGCCAAAACGCUCAUUAAGCUUCUCUGAUCGAGUCAUCAGCGGCAAGGAGAAUGGUUUGGAUGAGUAUGGGCAUCAUGAAAGGAGAAGGUGUGGGAGGGUACAUUCAGAAAAGAGCGUACGGGCAUGGGUUGACGUUGCAGCCGUAGGGAAGGAAACCACAGAAAAGAUCAAACUGGGGUGCACAUUGCUGUCAGAUAAAGGCCGGUUUGGAAAGCUUAUAGAUGGACAAUUAAAACAUAUGGAUAAAAAUGAGGGGCCCAUGCAAAAGAGAAAUAAAUCAGAAAUGUGUGUUGCCGUCGAACAAAGCAACAAAGUUAAGAAAGUGACGCCUGUUGACACAAGGGCUGCGGAAAGGGCAUGUGAUGCGGACGGAGACGAGGGGUUCACAGUGGCAUCGGUCAAGAACACGGAAGGAAUCUCGUUUGCUAGAAGAGUUGCAAUCAGGCAGGACGGGAAAGCAAGAGCGGAGGUAAAGAGACAGACAGGUGAGAAGACUUUAAAAAGGGAAAUGAAUGAUGAAAAAGAUUCAGAGGCAGGGGGAAAGAUUGAAGCGCAAGUUUGCAACAGAAAGGUGUCGGAUUUCCGCAAAAAGGAGGGAUUUGGAGGCAUAAUCCCACCUUCACCUUCACCUUCACUGAAGACUCACGUUGCAUCAGCUUUCACAGAGUGCUCCAGUCUCCUCUGUGCUGUCACAGAGAGAUCUAGGGACCCCAACAGAGGGCCGGAGUGGAGUGGUACACAAGGACCUUUCCCAACACACUCUGUUUUGUCCCGACACACAGAGGAGCUUAUAAAUAAAAUAGAAAAAAUAGGAGACACAACCGUUUAUAGCAGAGCAGAAAGGGUGUUUGACAAGUCCCAAGGCUCAUAUCAGGAUAUUGGAUCAGAGAAUCUCAGUCAGGAUGUAACGCCCAGAUCUCCAAAAAGGAUUCCGCCCAUGGGGAUCUCUCCAGGGCCCCUUGAGAUUCAAAUCCCCAGGAGUGUGUUUUAUGUUGCCGAAGACAUGGCAGAGAGAAAAAAGUCUGUGGGUCAAAGCGACAACUGGGAAGGAGGUAAAGGGGUUGAGAGGAGGGAUAGCUGGAGGAUCGGAAAACCCCUGAGCCGCAUUGAGUCCCUGCGAGAGAAAAUUAGACAAAAAGAGCUGGAGACUCUGAGACAAAUAGAGGCACAAAAUGGAAGUGGGAGUGAAGCUGCAGACAUAAAAAACACUCAUACAGCCGGGGACAAGCAUGACGAGAGCACAGCAGCAAUAGAGAAAGAGAGGGAAGCUGCACCUCACAUGCGGAAGAAGUCGAUCGAAGCCGAGAGGGGACAGGAAGACGAAGCAGCGCAGACAACCUCGACUGCUUUUGACGUCACGCAGGAAGUCAGUGUGUUAAAAACCUGCCCUCAACUUCCUGUUUCUGUCUCACAAGCCAUCAGAGCUGAGGAAGUACCAAUCGGGUACACAACUUCUACCACCGGAGUUAUUUCUGACAGCUUCCCGAUAUCUGAGGACGAAUAUGAGCCCCUGAAACAUGUGGAAGAAGAGCUAAAGCGACACAGGGCCCAACUCGAGAAGGGAGAAAGGGAGGAAGAGGAGGAGAUACAGCAGCAGUCACAGGAGAAGGUAGAGGAAAAUACGUUGCCUCUCAAUUCUGAGAAUUCUCUCUCCCCAUUGCAGCCGCACCCCAACACCAUCACAGCUAUGAGUCGGAUCUACAACUUGGAAUCAGUGAGCUCGAGGUCGGCCAUGUGUCUGAGGGACAGGACUGUCGACAUCCCAUCAGUGCAUCUAGUUAAAGUGAAGCCACUCUUAUCAAAUGCACAGCAGGGGGACAGAAAAGCCUCCUCAGAUGAGGACACCCCUGGAGUUCAGACGAUACAGCGUCAGAUAGAACAGUUUCAGAUAAAAGAGAAGGAACUGCUGAAGUCUUGUGCAUCACCAAACACUCCUCUUAAGGACAGAGAGAAAAAGGGGCAGCAAAGCCCAAGAGGGGUGCUAAAGUACAAGGUGAAUGACAACGUCAAGACCCCGAAGAAAGAUCAAGAAACACCAGAAUCAAAGGUCAAAGUGUCUCCUUGGCGUGUUUGUUCACCGACAAAUCAGCUCAAACAAUCCAACCAAACUACCAACUCAAUUCUCAGGAGCCAAUCCCCAGAUAAUGCUCUGAAACCCUCGGAUAAAGCCCCGACCCCGGCCUCCUCCCCCAGCUCCACACCGCCUGCUCAGUCUCCUAGUGUUUCUCCAUCUCCAACCCCAUCGCCCACGCUGUUCUCCAUCAGGAGUGCUUCUGGGGGCCAAGUGAGGAGAGGUGCCACCAUCACGGUCACCCCAAGAAAGCCUGUUGAAGGAGGAGGGGUGACAGGUCCCGCAGCAGCAGCAGGGUCCAACUCCCCAGCGCAGCAGGCCGAGUCGCCCUCCACUGGGACCGAGCCAGCGAAGAAGAAGUUUCCAACAGUGGAUGAGAUCGAGGUGAUUGGAGGAUAUCAGAAUCUGGAGAAAUCCUGUCUAGUCAAGUACAGAGCGACUCCAAAAAGGGGAAAUGUGUGUUUUGACGAGGACCAGCUGGAGCAGGUGUGUGAGUACCCAUCAGAGACCUCCAUGCUGGCCUGCACACCCUACCCUCAGGACCCAUGGAGGAUGGAGAAGCAGCAGGGAGAGGAGGUGCAGGAGGAGGAGGCUGAGAUGGAGGAAAUAGCAAUCGUAUCCAAAAGCCCGAGGAACGUGGCGAUGGUAACAGGAGGGGCUCUUAGAGUGGGUCAGUGUCAACCCCUUCUCAAAAAACACAACGUGUAAUGAGUGGGGUUAUGGGUUUCGACUUUUUUGGUCUCACUGUGAAACUCUCCAUGGGUUUGGACUUUACUCCGGCUAAAAAAGCCAUUUAUUUCACUGUGUCGAACUUUCCUGUCUGGCAAUAUUUUACUGCAUAACCUUCUUAUUGUCAACAAAUCCCCUAUACUAUAUUAUUCAAAUAUAGCAUGAUAGGUCCACUUUAAGCAAAGAUCCAGUGAUUGUCACAUUGGAGUAAAUAUUUUGAGCUGUGAAAUGUUGUUGACUUUAACCAUGGUGUUGUAAACUCUUCUUGGGAUUUGUUGUCAAUAAGAAAAAUCUGGAUAAUCUCAAACUUUGAUAAACAAACUGACCAAUGUUUUGUGAAAAUGGUAGCAAGUUAGAAAUGUAGGGAAUCAAAAUAAAUAACGAACAUUUCUACACAACGUUUUUUUUAAUGCCGAAAUUGUAGAUUUGUUACAAAAUGUAUGUUUUUACUGAGCGGUGGAAAGGUAUGGUUGCAUUUAUAGUACCCCAAAGGCCAUAAAUGUCACUGCGGGUGAAUGGGAAAAUAAAGUAAUAAUAAUAAUAAUUAAUUCACCUUAUUUACCUUCCAUCUCGGUCCUCGCCAAAAUUCCCCAUUUGACAAGAUCACCAACAGUUUGAAUGUUGAACGAUGUUAAUCAAGUUUUGUUGAUCUGUAUUGUUGAAGCAAUUGUUUAUAAUCCUUGUGGUGUUUUUAUCUAGCAUCAGAAUGAAUGAGAAGAAAUGUAAUGUCUUCAGUUCGACUCCUGCGUCGAAAAAUAGGAAAACAUAAUUUACUGGGGACAUUGUUUCAUCUGGUUUUAUGUUCUGAGAAAUAUGGGGAAACGUGUAUGUCUGAGUAUGGUACAUUAUAAACAACCCUCAGGUGUGCUCUGAUGGGUAUUAAAAGAUCACUUGUCCAUGCAAUAUCAAAAUAUUUCAUUUUUUAGUUAAUAUAUUUCAUAGCUUAUUUUAUGUUAAUUCAUUUCUAUAUUUCAGUCUGCCUCGGCAUAGAGGAGUGAUGUUUGUAUCAUCUGGUUUCAUGUGCCUGCUGGAUUCGCCCAUACAGAUGAUAUGAAGAUCAGUUUAUGUAGAUGUUUUAUUUUUCUUGUCUGAAGCCUCCUGUUGAAUGUUGCAGGGUCGGUGCAAUGUGUGCAGGAAAGUUAGAGGUGUGUGCAUUUUGGUUUAAUUGAGCCUUACUGUUUCCAAUGACAACUCUGGUAACAGUUUAGUUCAUGAGUAUGGAUAUAAAUAAAGGUAAUAUUUGUUAACAUUCGUCUUGUAGGAGAGGAGAGAGCUGUGUGAGUGAAAGUCCCUGAGAGGAAGUUGCGUUGAGUUGAGAACAUUUAUCAAAAUAACUAACAUAUUACAGCUGCUAUCUGACGUUUGGCUGUAAUAUGUUUAUAAUACAAUAUAUUGUAAAAGAAGAUGCAAAAUUCUGAGCAAAAUAUUUUUUCUAUGAUGGUUGGAGAAGCUGGCUUCAAAAGAAGAAAAAAACAAAUAAAUAUUUCUGAAAACA